UCCCAACAUCAAGCAGUUUCCGUCUCUGAGGAGGAACAUAAGCGAAAAAGAACGAUCGAGACACGGUGUGAGCGAUGGCAACGUUGCGAUCAUUGGGUGUGAUCGCACCGCGUUUGUCGUUCAGCUGCAAGCGGAGGUUAGUUUACGGUGGCGGCGGUCAAUUAAUAAGCACACGAGCGUUCUCUUCCUCCGUCGUGUCGCCGCCUUCGAAGGCUGUGGUGUACGAGGUGCAUGGGGAACCUGACAAGGUGACUAGAUUGGUGGAUGUCGAAGCGGUUGAAGUGAAAGAGAAGGAAGUGUGUGUGAAGAUGUUGGCUGCUCCUAUCAAUCCCUCUGAUAUCAAUAGGAUACAAGGCGUGUAUCCUGUGCGGCCACAACCACCUGCAGUCGGUGGCUAUGAAGGCGUUGGAGAGGUUCACUCUGUGGGUUCUUUGGUUACCUCUCUCUCUCCCGGUGAUUGGGUCAUUCCCUCUCCACCCUCUUUCGGGACAUGGCAGACGUACAUUGUGAAGGAUGAGAAUGUUUGGCACAAAAUAGACAAGGGUGUGCCUAUGGAGUAUGCUGCUACCAUUACUGUUAAUCCCUUGACGGCUCUACUCAUGCUUGAAGACUGCGUUACUUUGAACUCUGGAGAUGCUAUUGUGCAAAAUGGGGCUACCAGCAUGGUUGGACAGUGUGUCAUUCAGCUUGCAAAAGCUCGUGGCAUUCACAGCAUUAAUAUUAUAAGGGACAGGCCUGGGAUUGAUGAAGUAAAAGAAAGGCUCAAGAAUUUGGGUGCUGAUGAAGUUUUCACUGAAAACAAAUUGGAAGUAAAGAAUGUCAAGAGUCUCCUGGGUGGUAUACCUGAACCUGCACUGGGAUUUAACUGUGUUGGUGGCAAUGCUGCUUCUCUGGUUCUCAAAUUUUUGAGACAGGGAGGAACUAUGUUGACAUAUGGUGGAAUGUCUAAAAAACCUGUCUCUGUAUCAACAUCAUCCUUCAUAUUUAAGGAUCUUUCCUUGAGGGGAUUCUGGUUGCAGAAGUGGUUGAGCACAGAUAAAGCUGAAGAGAGCAGAAGAAUGAUAGACAGACUUUUAAGUCUUGUACAAGAUGGAAAGUUAAAAUACAAGAUGGAAUUGGCUCCCUUCGACGAUUUCAACACUGCAUUGGAUAAAGCUCUAGGAAAACUCGGGAGCCAACCUAAGCAAGUGAUCAAAUUCUAAAUGUGUGGGUGCUCAUACUAAUUUCUUUUGGAUAAAAAAUUGUUCUGAGUUUUAAGAAUUAUUCAAAAAGAGCAAAAGAAUAACAAAACAAAAUGAAAUUUAUUUAAUCACACUAAUUAAGUAACCAAGAAUGUACUUAAUUCUUCUCACAAAACCGUUCGGUCUCAUCGGAUGCUUGCAGUUGCAGGUUCUGAUGAGUAUUUUCAAGUUCAGAGGAAGUGGUGUAUGUUUUGGUUAUGCAUUCAUGUAUAUAUAUAGACAAAUUCCUAAGUAACUGCUAAUAAUUGCUAAACCAUCUUAAAAUUCAAAUAUUCAGACGGCCAUAACCGUCUUUUGCCCAGCUUCAGUCAGGAUAUUCCUUCAAUUCUAAAUCAAUUUUCAGUCUCCAAAGAAUCUUUUAGUCUUCAGAUAGUGGUAUUUUUAUCUUUUGCUCAAGUAUUACCUUUUUUUUAUCACUUGUCGAUCUGCACAUAUUCGCUCGCUUUAUUUUCCUUUCAAAACUUGGCUCGAUAAUCUCUAUCGUCCUCUUCAAUAGUUCCUUAUCGAAAUUAGUCUUCGAUCCUUUCUUGACUCAAUUAUACUAGGAGUGGAUUAAGAUUUUAGCAAGUGUUGGUUUUUAUUUUUUAUUUUUGUGGAGGGGGGGUCCUGUACUUUAACUGGAUUUUCUAUCUAAUCUUACUGUCAAUAUCUGUUAUAUUUUAGAA